UGGAUCGAGGCGCGCGGCGGCGAGGCGGCGCUGAAGCUGCUGGGCGUCAAGUUCGGGCUCCACCCGCUGGCCCUCGAGGACGCCCUCACCCAGUCGCAGCGGCCCAAGGCGGAGCGCUACGCGGAGCACCUCCACAUCGUCGCGCCCGUGUUCCGCGUCGGCGCGGCGGCGCCGGAGGACUCGGGCCUCACGCCGGCCAUCGCCAUCCACAACGUGUCCAUCUUCGUCCCCCUGCGCGGCGGCGACACGCUCGUGACCUUCGCCGACGAGCGCGCGCCGCGCCACUGGAGCGGCCGCGUGCGCGCCGAGCUGCGGAAGAGCUACACGAAGCUCCGCGAGGAGGGCGCGCCCUUCCUCGCCUACCGCAUCUUGGACGCCGUCGUCGACUCGACGUUCCCCGUCGCCGCGGCCUUCCACCGCGCCGUCGCGGCGCAGCGCGGGGAGCUCCGGUCGUCCGGCUACCAGUCGGACCUCGGCGAGCUCCGGGCGCUCAAGCUCGACCUGGAGCGGCUGAGCCGGCUGGCCAAGCCCCUGCACCGCCUGCUGACGAAGCUCAUCGACGACAAGGACGCGCUCCUGGGCGACCGCUACAACUCGUUCGUCCGCGACGCCGUCGACAACGUCGAGGAGCUCCAGGACGACUUCAACGCGCUGCUGCGCGAGUGCGAGGUGCUCGACGACGAGUUCGAGCGCUUCCACCAGCGGCGCAUGGACCGCACCAUGUACGCGCUGACCGUCGUGACCUGCAUCUUCCUGCCCAUGCAGUUCAUGACGGGCGUCUACGGCAUGAACUUCAACGACAUCCCCGAGGAGAACAACCCGCUCGCCUACCGCACGUUCUGGCUCUGCACGACGGCCUACGUGGCCCUCUUCGCGGCGUUCUUGGGGCUC